AUGGCGGCGUUGGCCUUCCUCGCGGUGCUUCCUUCCUCCUCUUCUUCUUCUUCUUCUUCCUGUCGGGCGAGCAGCGCGUCGACGCGCGGCAGGAAGUGCUGCAGCGCGCGCUGCACGGCCGCCUCCAGGGCGCCGACGCGCGCCUCCAGCUGCGCCACGCGGCCCCCUCCUCCGCCCCCUCCGCCCACGGCGCCCUCCAGCUGCGCGCGCAGCGCCGCCACCUCCGCCGCCAGCCGCAGCACCGUCUCCUCCAGCGGCUGCCCGCCGCCGCCGCCACCGCCGCCCUCCAUGCACUCCGCGCCUGCGACAGAAACGUGUUUAAGUUUUUUAAGUGUUUAA